AUGCAGGCAGGGGGGUAUUUGGCGGACGCUGCUGCGGGAGUGGGACGGGCGCAUGGGAAAGGGGGGGCUGGCGGGGGAAAAGGGGGAGCUGGCGGGGGGAAAAGGGGAGCUGGCGGGGGGAAAGGGGGGUCUGGCGCAGGGAAAGGCGGAGGUGGUAAUGGGGAUGACGAGGAGGGGGUGACGGGGGCUAUGGCGCGACUAGGGGUGGGGGAGGGGGGAGGGGGGACGGAUGAGGGGAAGGAUCAAGGGAAGGCGCAGGGGAAGGAGAUGGAGGUGGAGAAGGGGAAGGGUAAGGGGAAGGGGAAGGGGAAGGAUGAGGAGGGGGGAAGAGGGGACCCUUGGGUGCAGGCGCAGGUGAAGGCUCUAACGGAUAGGCUGGCGAACAUGGCAUCACUCAAAGCGAUCACACAGAAGCGGCAGUCAUUACCCAUCAUGGCGUAUCGAGAGGAGAUCACACGGGCGAUAGAGCGGCACCAGGUGGUGCUGGUAGUGGGGGAGACGGGGUGUGGCAAGACGACGCAGGUUCCGCAGUUUAUUUUGGAUCACGAGUGGGGGAAGGGCAGGCGCUGCCGCGUGAUGUGCACCCAACCCAGACGAAUCUCCGCUACUUCUGUGGCUGAGCGCAUAGCAGCGGAGAGAGGGGAAAACAUCGGGCAAACAGUCGGGUACCAGAUCCGCCUGGAGUCUAAAGGCAAUCGCUCCUCGUCCCUCUGGCUCUGCACCAAUGGCGUUCUGCUGCGCCGCCUCGUGGGGCUGGGGGCGCACCUGCACAGCAAGCAAGGGGGAAGGGGCGCGCAGGGCGGAGGAGGGGGAGGCGGAGGGGGGAGUGGGGAGGGCGGAGGGGGGAGUAUUGUGGAGCCGGGGGUUAGAGAGGCGAUAGCUGCUGCUGUGAAGGGGAUGGCAGAGGGUGUGGAUGGGGAUGGGGAGGGGGAGGAGGGGGAAAGAGUGGGGGGUGCAGAGGGGGAGGAGAAGGGGGGAGUGAGGAGGGAGGGGGAUGCAGAUGUGUUGGCGAAGCUGGAUGCGACGCACAUCAUUGUGGACGAGGUGCACGAGCGAGAUAAAUUCGCAGACUUCAUGCUCAUCAUUCUCAGAGACCUGCUGCGCCUGCACCCCACCCUCAAGCUGGUGCUUAUGAGUGCAACCCUGGAUGCCGGGCUGUUUGCAAACUAUUUUGGGGGCUGCCCAGUCAUCAACGUCCCUGGCUUCACAUAUCCGGUGCGAUCACUGUAUCUAGAGGAUAUCCUUCGCAUCACAAAUUAUGGCAACAAUUUCGCUGGUGGGGCUUUCAAUAAGGAAGCACUGCAAGCUAUGGAUGUCGAAAGGAAAGCUGCAGCACAAGCCAAUGUGCACGUGGGAGGAGGGGGUGAGGGUGAGGGAGAGGGAGAAGGAGAGGAAGAGGGAGAAGGAGAGGAGCAAGGAGAGGAGGAGGUGGAGGAAGGGGAGGUAGGGGAGGACGAGGCAGAAGAGGGGGAGGAAGCAGGUGGGGAGGGGGAAGAGGGAGCAGCAGGGGUAAAGAACGAGGAGGAGGAGGAGGAGGAGGAGGUGGAGGAAGGGGAGGUGAUAGGUCUGACAGCAAAGGACGCAGCAGCCAUGGAUGAGGCGAUUAGGCUUGCUUGGAUGGCGGAGGAUUUCGAUGAUUUGAUGGAGCUAGUGGUAUCAGGGCAUGAGGAGGCGAAGCUGCAGGGAAUGAUGAGUAGAAUGAUGAUGGCCGCAGCACAGCGCAGUGGUAGUGGCGGCGGCGGUGGUGGCGGUGAUGGUGGUGAUGGUGGUGAUGGUGGGGGAGGGGUGGGAGGAGAAAGGGGACGGAUGUUGAGACGGGUGUUGAGGCGGAAGAGGAAGGAGAGCCAGCUGCAGGAGAUGUAUGGAGGAGGAGCCGAGGAGGAGAAGCAAAAGGGGGGGAAGCGAAGGAGGAGAAGGAAGGGGAGAGGCAAGGGGAGAGCAGAGGAGGUGGAGAUGCUGCUAUCGCUGGGUGCUGAUGUGACUCUUACGUCGGAUGAAGGUAGCACGGCGCUUGACUGGGCUCGCAUGUACGGCCAUGAGCCUGUGGCCUCAUUUCCUCUCCUCUUUCUCUCCCCUCCCCACCCAUCAGGCAAGGGAAGAGCAGAGGAGGUGGAGAUGCUGCUAUCUCUGGGUGCCGAUGUGACUCUCACGUCAGAUGAAGGUAGCACGGCCCUUGACUGGGCUCGCAUGUACGGCCAUGAUGCUGUGUGCCGGCUUCUGGAGAGGCACAUGGAGGCGCUGGGCUUGGGAGUGCCGGAGGAGGAAGAGGAGGUUGAGGAGGGGGAGGAAGGAGAGGAGGGAGAGGAGGAGGAAGGGGAGGAGGGGCGAAUGGAAGAGGAGGAGAGGGAAGCGAUGCAGGGAGACAAGGAAGAAGCAGGGGCACCGGUAUCCAAUGCUGAUGCGACAGCUGAUGCUCCUGCUGGUGCUUCUGCUAUGGCUGUGCCUUUGAGUGCAGAAGCAGCGAGGCUGGCAGCACAGGAGCAAGUGGCGCUCUCUUUGUACCAAGCCUCCGUGGACCAUGAUGAGGUGGAUCUAGCCCUCAUCCACCUCUUGCUGACUAGGAUCUGCGUCAGCGCUGCAGAGCGGCCGGCAGCACUCACAAGCAGCAGCGCCUUUGCUUCCAAAAGAGCCCAACAGAUGCUGAAACAGGGCGAAGAGAAGGAGGGAGAGGAGGGAGAAGAGGAGGACGAGCUUCUAUCUCUCAUCCCGACUUACAGCAAGGAAGGCAGUGAGGGCGAAGGAGCAACAGCAGGGGAUGGCGGGGCGGGUCUGAACGGACCAGACUGUGCUAUCCUCGUGUUUCUCCCGGGAUGGGAGGAGAUUUCCCGACUGAGAGACGGGCUGCUGGGUUCCUCGGUGUUUGGAGACCCGACGCGGUUCCUGAUACUGCCUCUGCACUCGAAGAUUCCGAUGCCGGAUCAGCGGAAGGUGUUUGAGCGGCCGGGGCGGGGCGUGCGGAAGAUUGUGCUCACGACGAAUAUUGCAGAGACGGCGCUGACGAUUGAUGACAUUGUGUUUGUGGUGGACUCGGGGCGGCUCAAGGAGAAGAGCUAUGAUGCGCACACCAACGUGUCCACUCUGCAGGUACAGAGGUGCAGGCCGGGGGUGUGCUUCCACCUCUUCUCCCGCACGCGUGCUGGGUCUCUGCCAGAAUUCCAGGCGCCAGAGAUCAAACGCACGCCCCUGGAAGAGCUCUGCCUGCAGGUACAACAUCCCCUCCUUCCUACAUGUUCCCCGCUGACUUCUUUUUUCUCCCCUUCGCCUCCCCUUCGCCUCCCCUUCGCCUCCCCUUCGCCUCCCCUUCGCCUCCCCUUCGCCUCCCCUUCGCCUCCCCUCCGCCUCCCCUCCGCCCUCCCCCAUCAGAUCAAGAUCCUGGACCCCUCACUAGACAUCCCCUUGUUCCUCUCCAAGGCCCUCGAGCCGCCCGUGCCCGCCGCAAUCACCAACGCCGUCGCUCUCCUGCAAGACAUCGGUGCUCUCGACCCGCACCAAUCCCUCACGCCCCUCGGGGCCCACCUAGGCGCCCUCCCCCUCCACCCAGUCACCUCCAAAAUGCUCCUCCACUCCAUCCUCCUCGACUGUCUCGGCCCGGCUCUUACUGUUGCUGCAGCCAGCACGUACCGGGACCCGUUCCAGAUGCCUAUAGGGCUGGAUCAGAAGCUUAAAGCCAUUGCUGCACGGCAUGCGUUGGGGAACUCGCUGGGCGGGUACGGGGAUCAUUUGGCGCUGAUUGCCGCGUUCGACGGGUGGGCUGCGGCGAGGGCGAGAGGUGGGGCUCGGGCCGCGGAUGCGUUUUCCCGGGGGAAUUUCUUGUCGCCGGGUGGGAUGAAUAUGAUCUCUGGGCUGCGGAAGCAGCUGCGAGGAGAGCUGCUGCGGAAAGGGUUUCUCGGGAGUGUGCGUGGGGGGAGAGGAGGGGGGUGGGGAGGAGGGCGAGGGAGGGGAGGAGGAGCCAGAGGAGGAGGAGGAGGAGGAGGAUGGGAUGUGAAUGUGGAUUUGGAUUGUGAGUGUAAUGCGAAUGGGAGGAACCAAGGAGUGGUGAGGGCGGUGCUGGCAGCGGGUUUGUACCCGUUUGUAGCUAGUCUCGUACCGAAAACACCAACUGGGAAGCAGCCGGCGCUGGUAGUGACGGCCCGAGGCGAGAAGGUUCGGAUCCAUCCGCACUCGGUCAACUGCCGAGCCUUGCACCGAGGCGCGGAGGCAGGUUCGGGAACGGCUGGCGGCGCUGGGGAGAGCGGUGGUUCGGAGAGCAUUGAGGAAUCAUCUCGGCCGUUGAUUGUGUUUGAUGAGAUCGUGAGGGGCGAGGGGAACCAGACGAUUAGAUCGUGUACUGUGAUUCGUCCACUCUCUCUCAUCCUGAUUGCAUCAGAGAUGGUUGUUGCUCCUCUAGGGCCUCUGAAGGCUGGAGGGGAGGAGGAUGGAGAUGGGGAGAAGGAAGAAGGGAAGGGAGAAGGGGAGGGAGAAGGAGAGGGAGAAGGAGAGGGAGAAGGGAAGGGAGAAGGGGAGGGAGAAGGGAAGCGAGAAGGGGUGGAGGUGCGGAAAAGAAAGAGACGGCAGCGGAGGCAACGGGGAGAGGGGGAGUCGGGCCAGAGAGAAGAAGGAGCAGUGGGGGAAGAAAGUGAAGCAGUUAAGAUGGAGUUAGGGAAGGGAGAAGAGGGCGAGGGGGCGGGGGGCAAUGUGCGAAAGGAGGGAGACGAGGAGGAGGAGGGGGUGGAGGAGGAAGGGGAGUAUGUUUCAGGUGCGGAGGAUGAGGAAGGGGAGGAGGAGGAGGGGCCAGUGGUGAGGCCGAAUCCCAAGAGUGCGAGGGAGAGAAGGAGGAAAUUGCAGGAGGAGGUCAUGAGCGAUCCUGGCCGUGAGAUUGUGAUUGUGAUCGAUCGAUGGCUGAGAUUCCGCGCCACGGCCAUGCUGGCGGCUCAGCUGUUCUGCCUGAGGGAGAGGCUGGCUGCCUGCUUUGCCACCAAGGUCCAUGAUCCGAGGAAACCGCUCCCUCCCCUCCAAGCACUGACACUCUACACCAUCGCCUCCCUCCUCUCAUUUGAAAACUACUUGCUUCCGCCUCCACCCAGCGAAUCAGCACUAAGUUCGGAAGAGGUGGUGGCUGGGGAGGAGGGAGAGGAGCAGGAAGGGGUGGUGGGCAGUUCGGUGCGAGGGGAAGGCGUAGGAGUGGUGUAG